AUGGGGUCGGCUGCAACAAAGCCAGCGGCCCCUGCGCCAGCAGAAGCAGCAGAAACAGUAGCAGCAGCGGCAGCAGCAGGACCAGGAAAAGAAGAGGAAACAACAGCGACAACAGCAGCACCAGAAGAAAAGAAGGAUACACACCUUGAGGAGGUAGAAGAAUGGCUUGCUGCUGUGCAUGCAGCCCCUGGGCAGCUGCUGCGGCCAGAAGCAGCUGCAACAAACCAGCGUAGAUCAUUAGCUUUAUGUGUGUCUCGUCUGCGGUCCCUUGCUGCAGCAACAGCAGCAGCAGCAGCAGCAGAGGAGGAAGAUGCCCCCCCAUCAAGGGGACAAAGAAGGGCUCGUGCUGCUGUUGCUGCAGCGCAGCAAGACGCUUAUCUGCAGCAGCUACAAGACCUUGAAAAGGCUGUAUUAGCACCUGCAGAUGAUGCACAGACACCCGAACAGCAGCAGCAGCAGCAGCAGCAGCGGCAGCAGCAGCAGCUGAAUAUAGAACAAGUAUGGGAGCUGCUAGACAGCGAAGCAGCACCAUGUAUACGCAGAGCAAGGAAGAGACUAAAGAGGGCGCAGCAGCACUGUGGUAUAUCUACGGGUCCUAGGCAGCAGCAGCAGCAGCAGCAGCAGAAGCAGAAGCAGCAGCAGGAGAAGCAGCAGCAGCAGAUGGUGCUGCACCUAUUAAGGCCAGAGGCUGUAGAGGCGCUGAAGCUAACUGCAGCAAAGGAGACAGAUGAGGAGGAAGAGGAGGAGGAGGAGGAAGGGGAGACAGGAGGAGAGGAGGAAGAGGAGACAGGAGAAUCAGCUAUGGAGGAGGAUGGGGAAGAUACUGCAGCAGCAGCAGCAGCGGCAGCAGCAGAAGCAGAAGAGGACGAAGAAGAAGAUGAAGAAGAAGAGGAUGACGAAGCAGCAGCAGCAGCAGCAGCAGCAGACGGAUCAGAGGAGGAGGAAGAAGAAGGUAGCGAUGAUGAUGAUGAGGAGUCUGAUGAAGAAGCAGCAGCAGCAGCAGCAGAAGCAGCAGCAGCAGCAGCAAGUGACGAGGAAGAAGAUGAGGAUUCAGAUGGUGCUGAUGACGAUCUCUUAGCAGAACUAGAGAGGGACGCUAAGAAGAAAGAAGAGGAUGAGGAGGAGGAGCAACAGCAGCAGCAGCAGCAGGAGCAGCAGCAGCAGCAGAAGGGACGCAAGAAAGGUAAGCAUGGAUUAGAUGAUGAAUUUUUUUCCUUAGAGGAGAUGCAUCGUUUUGUAGAGGAAGCAGAGCAGCAGGAGAAGAGAGAGCAGCAGAAGCAGCAGCAGCAGCAGAAGAAGAAGCAGCAGCAGCAGCAGCAUGAGGAAGAAGACAGUAAUGAUGAUAGUAGCGAAGAAGAUGAGGAAGCAGCAGCAGCAGAUCUGCUGCUGUAUGAGGGUAUAGACACAGCAGCAGAAGACAUAAGCUCUCUAUCUUAUGAGGCACUCUAUGGUAAACCUAAGAAGAAGAAAAAACAGCAGCAGCAGCAGCAGCAGCAGCAGCAGGAGUACGACGAGGAGGAGGAGGAGGAGGAAGAAGAAGAAGAAGGGUAUAAAAAGAAUCGUCGUAGGAUAUCUACAACAACAACAAGCAGCAACAGCGACGACGAUGACGGCAACAGUCCCAACAGCAGCAAGAGCAGCAGGAGGAGCAGCAGCGGAGAAGAGGAGGAAGAGGAGGAAGAGGAGGAAGAGGAGGAGGAGGAGGGAGGACUAGUCUUCCCUAAUAGUAAUAAAUUAGAUAAAGAAGAGAAGAAAUUAGAGGAAGAAUUAAAUCGUCUACAAUUAUUAAUGCAACAAGAAGAAGAAGAAAAAAAAGAAGCAAAAAAAAAACGUAUGCAGCAGAAACAGCAGCAAAAGUUAUUGCUGCAGCAGCAGCAGCAACAACAAGAAGAAGGAGAAGAAGAAGAAGGGAUGGAUGAGGAUAACAGCAGCAGCAAUGAGGAAGACGAAGAUGAUAUAGAAGCAGCAGCAGCAGCAGCAGCAGCAGCAGCAAAGAGUAAAAAGAGCCGUAAAGAACGCGACAAAGGGAGCUCUUCUUCUACAGCAGCAGCAGCAGCAGCAGGAGGUGCAGCAGAUGGUGCAGCAGGAGCAGGAGGAGGGAGUAAAUCCUUAGCAGCACUAGCAGCACGUAUAGAGGAAUUAGAGGAAGAAUUAAUAGCAGCAAAAAGAUGGGAAUUAACAGGGGAGGUAUGGGGUAGGCAGAGGGAGAAAGACAGUCUGCUGCAGGUAGAGGACCUAACAAUUCCUUAUAUGCAGCAGCAGCAGCAGCAGCAGCAGUUUCUGCUGCUGCAACAGCAACAACUAAGUAUGGGGGAUGAUGAUGAUGAAGAAAAUGCUGCUGCUGCUGCUGCUGCUGCUGCUAUAUCCUCUAAAGGUGCAGCAGCAGCAGCAGCAACACUCAGCAGCACCAUAGAAAAAAUUGUUAAGGGAAGAAUAGAGAGUUGUCUCUUUGAUGACGUAAUAAGGAGACAGGGGUUAGCACUGCAGCAGCAGCAGCUGCAGCAGCAGCAGCGUAUAGGUAGUAAUAAGACAGGUGCAGCAGCAGCAGCAGCAGCAGAAGAUGAACUUAAUACAGAUAAACCUACAGAAGGAUUAGGGGAUAUAUAUGCAAGAGAGUACCAGCAGCAAGUAUUAGGUGUCCCUUCUCUGCAGCAGCAGCAGCUAGAUAAGGAGAAGCAGCAGCUACUUGAAUUAUUUGGUAAAAUUAUGUAUAAAUGUGAUGCCCUAACGAACUAUCAUUAUGUACCUAGACCUGCUGCUGCUGCUGCUGCUGCUGCUGCUGCAGCAGGAGAAGGUGGUAAGGAUGCUCCUGCAACAAUACGGGUUGAGGAAGCUAUCCCUGUCUUUGUACCUGGUGCACCAUCUGCUGCUGCUGCUGCUAGCAGCAGCAGCAGCAGAAAGGAGACAGCAUUACCAGUAACAAUGAAGUCAGCAGCAGAGACAACAAGAGAAGAAAGAAGAGCAGCAAGAAGGAGACAGAAGGAGAGGAGACAGAAGGCAUUGCUGCGUCGUAUAGAUAGAGGAGAAUUAACACUGCAGCAAGCGCAGCAAAGACAGCAGCAACUGCAGCAAAAGAAUGCAGCAGCAAAAGAAGAAAAGAAAAUAAAAAGACAAACAGGAUUAACGCAUGCAGAGACACUCAAGGAAUUAAGGCAAGGACAAAGAAGAGUUAAAACUAUUCAUCUUCUUGCUGAUGCAGCAAAGGCAAGGAGACAAAAAAGCAGCAACAGCAGCAGCAGCAGCAGCAGCAAGAAGUAA